AACUAGAGUAAUCUUCUGUUCUUCUCCUUCCGAAAUUUUCUUCCUAGUUCUAAUCACAUCUCCUUGGGAUUCCUAUGGCUACUGCUGAGGUUGUGUCGGCUCAAAUUGCACAACAUGAGGAGAAAACUGAAGAAAGAGUUGAGGAGCAAGAAAUCACAGCCGAAGAGGUAAUCGCCGACGCUCCUGCGACGGAGCUUCCUGUUGCGGAAGAGCCAAAGGAAGCCGAGCCUGCUGCAGAGGAAGCGGCGGCUGCCGAGGAACCAGUGGCUACUGAGGCUGAAGCUUCAGUUGAAGAUGAAACCAAAGAGGUGAUAGAAGAAUCCAAAGCCUCAGUUGAAGAUGGAACAAAAAAGGUGGUAGAAGAUUCCGGGGUUGUGACUGAGGAGCAAGUGGAGGAGACUCCUAAGGAAACAGUGGCAGAACCAGCAGUAGAGGAGAGCAAGGAAGCCACUGAGCCAACCGUUGAAACCAAAGAAACUACAGAGUCUAGUGAGACACCAGCUGAACCAGAGGCAGAGGUCGCUAUCGAAGCACCCAAAGAGGAAGCUGAUAAGGCAGAAGAAGAAGCAAAACCAGCAGAAGCUGAACCAGAAAAGAAGACCGAGUAAUGGAAGCCUUUUCAAGUGAUGACUAGGUUUGCAUGUUGACGAGUCAACUAGUUUUUCUAUGUAGUUCAAUAAGGAUGGAUGGUCGAAGCCCAACCGAUAGCAACUUGCAAAAUGGUUGAACUGACAUGCAUUGCGUAUGCCAAAAGGGUGAUAGUUUCAUGUUCAAUUUGCAAAGGGAUGGGUUUAUUGGGUCUUAGACCAGGUUUGCUUCAAGUCUUUUUGGUUUUGCCUGUUUGUUUUUAUUACAAAAGGCAGUGUGUCAAGUCUGCAUGUUGUCUUGAAUCUCUUGAUUAUAAUAAAUCUUAGUCCUUUUGUUU